AUGGGUGUUCCUAAGCUCAUCUUCGGCGCCGCCUCCUUUGGCAUGAAUUUUGUCGAUCUUGAAGACGUCCAGAAAGUCCUCAACUAUCUCAAAGAGAACAAUAUCACCCACCUCGACACCGCUGGCAGAUAUCCUCCUACUACGCCUGGGCGCUCGGAGGAACUGCUUGGAGAGACCAAAGCUGUCUCUCAGGGCUUCAGCAUCGAUACUAAGAUUCUCACGUUGUCACUAUAUCAUCGUGGUGAAUUAGAGAGGUCUGCGAUUGAAAAGUCCAUCAACACCAGUCUGCAGCGCAUGGGCGUCGAACAGGUCAACACUCUUCACCUUCAUCUUCCAGACCUAGAGACCCCGUUGAAGGAACAGGCAGAAACUUUCGACAGCUUGUACAAGGCUGGCAAGUUCAAAAUGUACUACCUCGGUGUCUCCAACUUUCAACCAGAAUUGCUACAGAGAUUCAUCGAAAUCUGUGAGGCAAAUGGCUAUAUCAAGCCCACUGUUUACCAGGGCGACUAUAGUGCCGUCAAUCGGGGCAUGGAAAAGAGGCUCCUCCCAAUCCUAAGGAAACACGGUAUUGCCUACAACGCAUUCCGAGUUCUAGCCUCUGGCUUCUUGUCCGGCAAACUCACAAAUGGCAACACUGAAGGCACACGCUUCGACAGCGAUGGAGCCAUGAACAAAUUUAUGCAGAACCUCUACAACCAUGAACCAUUGCACAACGCGCUCAAACAGUUGGAGGAAACAACGCGCGCUCUUGGGAUCACUACUAUUGAUGCUGCGCUGCGAUGGGCGUACUACCACUCUUCACUGGAGAAGGGUGAUGGAAUCAUCCUCGGAGCCAGUUCUAUCAGGCAAAUCAAGUCAAAUAUCGAGAGCAUCAGUCAGGGUCCUUUGUCACGAGAGUGUCUCGAUACAUUCGAGCAUAUUUGGGAGACACUGGAGCCGGUAAGAGGGGACAUUCUGUGA